UGUGAGGGUUUGAGUCGUGCUUGUGGAACGGAAGGUUCUGUGGUCAACAAGGUCUCGGAGAUCUUUAACCUGGUCUGGAACGGCAGGUCCCGGUGCCGAGUGCUUUGCCGACAACCGGUGCGUGGCGGUAUGGACAGCAGGAAGCAGAGUCUGGUCACCAUCAGGGUCACGGAGAAGAGAGGGCCCGUCUCCACCAAAGCAAGAACCAACAGCAAAGCAGCACCGGAGGGGAAGUACGGAACGCAGCCUGGAGCGUUGAAAGGAAGAGGUUCAAUGGGGAAUAUUUUAAGUGAAGGACAUCCUCCCUCGUUCAGCAUCAGCGGACUUCUCGUGGCCCGGAGACUGACCAAGAAUUUGAAGGAGAGAACAGCUUUGAAGAUAGCUGCAAAGAAACCGGUAGUCACCAAAAUCAUCAACGAACAGGUGCCGCCGUUCUCCUCCAAGCCCCCUCAGAAGUUCUGCUCCUUCGCGGUUCAGCGGUUCCUGGAGGAGCUGCUGCCGGGGGAACUCAGCGGCGUCUCCUACGGCCCAGAUCUGGCCGGCAAGCUGGCCAAGGAGAUGAGCGAGAAGAUCAAGGAGUUUGCCAAGAUGGCCAUGCCUCCCCGCUACAAGCUGGUGUGUAUCGUCACCGUCGGGGAGCAGGGCCAGGAGGAUGUCCUGCUCACCAGCCGUGCGCUGUGGGACGCUUACGCCGACACCUUCGUGUCACACAGUUACAAAAGCGGCACCAUGUUCUGUGUGGCCAGUGUGUUUGCCCUGUACUGUGAGUGAACAGUGGCUGGAGUAGUGGUAUAAGGGCAGGUUAGAUAGUCCAGGCUUGUCCUUAUUAAACACUGAUCUACCCUUGGCGGUCAGGAUCAAAUAGAGAGAAAUGACUUCUUCUUGUCUAGAAUGAGCAUGUUGGGUUUUUUAGAGGUACAGCGUGGAAACAGGCCCUUCGGCCCACAGAGUCAAGAGCGGAACUCGCUAUCAAAACAUGGAGGGGACGGGGGACACCAUUUUUUGGCGGCCACGCGCGCAUGCGCACACUCACACACACGCGCAAGGCUUCGGAGGCUCAAUCCAACGAUAAAAACUGAGAUUUUAAAAUCGGGAUCACAAAAACUUGGGGGGGGGGGAUGUCCCCCACCUCUCAAAACAUGGGGGGGACCUGUACCCUCUGGCCCCCCCCGGGUUUUCCGCCCCUGCACAGAGUCCACGCCGUCCAGCGAUCCCCGCA